AAGACGAGGAAGAGGAAGAGGAAGAGGAGAGGACAGUGUGGUAGACUAUCGCACCAUGGCCCCGGGAAUACAAGACUCGCUGAGCGAGCCCCCAGCAGCAGCAAUUCUCAUCGAGGAACAAGAGCAAUUGUCUUCAACCAAACGAAGCAGAAGCAGACGGCCGUUCUCACUCAUCCAUCACAGCCUAGUCACAUCCGACAUGGACGCGCUGAAAUUCCACGCCGCCGCAUCUCUCCAGCUGUGCUUCAGUCCCUAUCAAGAUGUCACCAACAUCGCCAGCACAGCAGACCCAAAUCCAGAUCCAGAAGCAGAAGCUCAGCUUCUAAUCACAUCACCCUACAACUCCCCUCUGCACCUCCUCAACCUCCAAACCCUCGAUCCACACUCUGGCCUCCUCGCCCAGGCCCUCACAAUCCUCCGUCCCGUGCGCGCCGACUACGCCACAGCGCCGUAUGAAGACUCCUUCAACUGGCCCUCUGUGUUUGCCUUCCUGCGCGAUAUAAGCACCCGCGAGGGACACGCCUGGUCCCGAACGAAAUUCUACGUCGUCGUCUUCCGGUCAACCUUGCUAGAAGGCGCGGAUGGGGACAGGCUGCAUGAGCUGGAUGCGCGGUCGCAUCAGGAGGCGUAUUGGUUUGGGACGAAGAAUGCGCGGAGGCAGAAUCUGGCGACUUGUGUCUGGCGGAGUCGGGAGGAUGCGCAUCGGGGAGGGACGGGGCCGUGGCAUCGGAAGGCGAGAGGAGCAGCUAAAGAGAUGUAUGAGAAGAUUGUGUUUACGACGACGGAACUGGUGGUUGGGGAUGAGGUGGGAGAGUGGUCGUUUGGGAGUGGACUGGGUUGA